UGCUGUGUGCUCCGCUCCGCAAUCCGAGUCUCUGAGUUAUUCGUUCGUAGGGUUUUAGGUUGCGGAGACGGAAAGAGAGAGAGGGAGGAUCGUUACGGCGAGAGAAGGGAUUCUGGGGACAGAGAGAAACGCAGAGAGAUUUUCGGUGAACUGCACAGCUACGGGGAGCCUCCCAAACGCCCCAAUUCCCCAACUCCUCUCAAUUACUUCCAAUUCCAAGCUCCCAAACGACCCCACAGGGUUUUAGCAGAGAGAGAGAGAGAGAGAGAGAGAGAGAGAGAGAGAGAGAGAGAGAGAGAGAGAGAGAGAGAGCCAUGUCUUUUCAUCACGCCCAAUCCCUCUCUCCGGAAUCCAUAGCAGCGUCGGGAAGAGGAUCAGAGAAGCUGAGCCUGCCUGCCCUGCAAUCCAAGAUGAAAUGCGAUCCAGAAGGCUACGAGUCUGAGCUCCUCCUCCUCUACCGCCACUUCGACUCCUCCCUCCAUCUCUUCCAACAGCAAUCCUCCUUCAAUCCCUCUUCCAUCUCCACCAGCGGUGUUGGCGGGGACCCCACCAUCGCCAAGGACCUCGGAGACAUGGCCAUGUUCUUGGCCCAUGUCACCCCCUUCUACCCCAAACACUUUGGUGACUUCCCCAAAAAGAUUGCUGACCUGCUUUCCUCUGCCGCACGUUCUCUUCCGUUCUCCCUCCGUUGCCACAUCGCACAAGCCCUAAUCCUCCUUGUCAACCGCAAGAUUGUUGAUGUCGGAGAAACUCUUGCGCUGUUUAUGGAACUUCAAAUCCUAGGGGACAGAACUUUAAGGAAGCUGGCCUUUUCACAUGUUGUGCACAGUAUUCGGCGUAUGAACCAGAGACAUAGAAAUGAAGCUAAGAAUCGUGCACUUCAGAAUAUCUUAUUUGCAAUGCUGCAGGAAGAGGAUGAAUCGAGAGCGAAAAGGUCUUUUAUUGUACUGUGUGAUCUUCACCGCCGAAGGGUUUGGUUUGAUGAUAGGACAGCUAAUGCGAUUUGCACAGUGUGCUUUCAUACGUCUUCCAGGAUUAUGGUUGCUGCUAUAUCUUUCCUACUUGGUUACGAGCGGAUGGAAGAAGCCGAGGAUAGUGAAGGCUCAAGCAGUGAAGAUGAAACUACCAUGCAAAAACCUCAAGUUGUUUUGAGUCGUGAGACUGUCUACAAGGCAAAUCACAAAGGUACACUUGCUAGCAAGAAGAAAAAGCAAGCGAAGUUGCAGCGAGUUAUUCGUAGCAUGAAAAGGCAGCAACGUGCUUCAUUAGAAAACAGCAGUUCAAGUUACUAUUCACCACUUACACAUCUGAAAGAUGCUCAGGGAUUUGCUGAGAAGCUGUUCUCUCGUCUACAGACUUGCAAUGAACGAUUUGAGGUUAAGAUGAUGAUAUUGAAAGUAAUUGCUCGAACUAUUGGGCUUCACAGAUUAAUCUUGUUAAACUUUUAUCCAUUUGUUCAAAAAUACGUUCAGCCUCAUCAACGUGAUGUCACAAAUUUGCUUGCAGCAGCAGUCCAGGCCUGUCAUGAUAUGGUGCCUCCUGAUGCAGUUGAACCUCUAUUCAGACAAAUAGUAAACCAAUUUGUACAUGACCGUUCUCGUACGGAGGCAAUUGCUGUUGGGCUGAAUGUCGUCCGGGAGAUUUGUCUGCGCAUGCCUUUGCUAAUGACUGAAGAUUUGCUUCAAGACCUCGUCCUGUAUAAGAAGUCACAUGAGAAAGCGGUUUCAACUGCAGCUCGGUCAUUGAUUACUUUAUUCAGAGAGAUAUGCCCUUCACUAUUGGUUAAGAAAGAUCGUGGGCGACCUACCGAUCCUAAAGCAAGGCCAAAGGCAUUUGGAGAAGUGAUUGUUUCCAGCGAUGUGGCUGGUGUUGAGUUGCUUCAACAUGAUGAUGAAUCUUCAUUCAGCAGUUCUGAUGAAGAGGAGAAUGCUGCUGCUUCUGGUGAUGAGCAAAACCAUUCAUUUGCUGUUGGACCUGACUGUGUUGGCGAAGCUCCUUGUGAGGGCAAGGACAAGAUGGAAGAUGAGAAUGAUAAGCUAGAAGAUGACGAAGAUGAGGAUUCUGACCUGGUAGAAGAAGAUGAGGAAAAAGAAGACCAUUCUGAUGAUAGUGAUGACGACGACAACGAUAACGAUGAUGAUGAUGAUGAUGAUGAUGAUGGUGUUGAAGAGGAAGAAGAAGAGGAAGGAGGAGAAGAAUGUAAAGCUCGUAAAAGGAAGCUUCUUGACCAUGAUGAGCACCUGAUUGCUGCAGAUGCAAGUCUUCGAGCUCUAAAGAGAUUAGCAGGAGUCAAGAUGGCACAUGUCUCGUCAGGCUCAACUGAUGGUAUUCUUUCAAAUGAAGAUUUCCAACGGAUUAAGGAGCUGAAGGCAAAGAAAGAAGCACGAUUGGCUUUAGCUCAGCAAGGUCUACUAAAGAAGGGUCCAGAUUCGAAAGUAUCAACUGUUAAAAUUCCCAGUUCCGAGCAGCUAAGUUUAAAGCGUGUGGAUCCUGCUAAACUUGAGAUAAACAUAAGAAAAAAGCUAAGUAAGGAGGAGAGGUUGGCAUUGAUAAGAGCAGGACGGGAGGACAGAGGAAAGUAUCAAGCUCGGGCUGCCGUGAAACAGAAAAAGACUGGUGGACUGAGCAACCGACAGAAGGAGCACAAAAAGGCAAUGCCUCUUGCUGCAAAAAGGGCCAGGGUAGCAAGGUCCCGUCAAGAGAAAAAGAAGCAACAACGGCGGGGUGGGAAGCAGUUUAUGGGCAAGAAAGCAUGGAAGUGAUCUCGAGUUCUGGCCGGUUUAGGCUCACCAAUUUUGCAUUUGAUUCAUUCAAAACAUGAAGUUGUGUGGAAUGAUUGUAAGCAAAAUGAUAAUCUGUUUUGAUGUUUUUUUUUAAAUUAAAAAAAAAAUAAAA